AUGAAGUCGGUCCUCGUCCUGUUCUUCUCCCUGCUCUUCGUCUUACAGUAUGCCUUUUCAUGUUAUAAUUUGGAUUACGGUAACAGACGAUUAAUAUAGUUUCAACUUGCUUAUUAGACAAGUUAUUUCUGUCCUGUUUUAAAUGCAGCUGUCAACAUAUUAUUAGACGUUUUUUAUCCCUUGAAACACUGAUUUUUGAGCAAAAGCGCUGAAAAUAGAAGUCCAAAAGGGGUUUUUCUUAGUCUGUUCAGAGGUCAAUGAAACGGUUGAAGAUUAAAUUGUCAUAAAGUAACAUUAAAAAACGGUUUUUCGCCUCGAGACCAUUUUAAAGGUUGCUUUUAUCCCUUUAAAAGCCCCUCAAGGCUGAGAAAUGGAGAGAAACUCAAAAAAUUUAUUCUGAGAUCCCGUGGUCACAAAAAUCUUCCAUAUUUCCCUUUUUUGUCGAGUUACUGUUUUAAAAAGUCAUAAACCACUUUUUCCUCUUAUUAUCAAAAAAUUCGAAGCUGUAAAACGGGGAAUUUUUCGUCUCGAUUCAAAAUCAGAAGUCCUCAAAAUUUGACCGAAUUCCCAGCCGGCUGAUAAAAACCUUACCUUCUCAGGAAAGGUUUUUGUACUAUCCGUAAAAGUGAGAAUUUUUCAAACUUCGGAGCUAUCAAAAAGAUAACAAUAAACCAAGCCCAUUUUCCAUUGAUAAUCUUCAUGAAAACCCAAUUUAUCACCCCGAUUUCAGAUUCGCCAGCGCUGCUCUGCAAUCUUCCGAACCCGACUACCCGACCUUGGCUCAAAUGUUCGUUUCUUAUCUUUUUCUACACACUUUCUCUCUUUUUCGAGUCUUUGAAGAUCAAGGCUCGGCACGGAUAUUUUAUUCAUUUGGCUUGAAACCUGGUAGUUGAGAAUGAUGAGCUGGAAUAUGUGUGAAAAAGAUGCAUAAAAUAACAGAUCAAGUGUAGUUUUUUUUUCCAGAAUGAAAACAUAUUGCGUGAAUUUUGAAUAGGAAAAUAAAUUUGGAUUAUACGGAUGAAAAAAGUGACGUGAUACUUCUGGAAAAAAAGUUCCCUGAAAUGUAUUUUUUUUUUGCCUUAUUAAGGACAAAAUUGCAGACGAAUUUUCUAAAUGGGGCAUGAAAAAUCAGCGCUUGAUGAAUAAUUCAAUGUAAUCUAGUAAUUCCAAAUUUAUCAUAAAUUCCAUAAAAAGGCAAAUUUCUUCAUUUUUCAAGUUUUCUGAUCAUAGACUUCUUCCUCUAUCCACGACCUCCGGUCACAAAGAACAUAAGGGAAAAUAACUCCGGUUUCCAAAAACACGUGAAAGAAUUGAUAAGAGAGAUUAUUUAAGGUCAGAAAAUCACCUGUUUUCACGUUUGUCAUUUUUUUGGUCAUUUUUUGAGCAUUCCUAACUUAAUCUUACUGCUUAAUUGCUUCAAAGGUCCUUCACAGAAAAAUUUUUCGAUUUCUAAAGUACGUUAACUGAAGCUCAGAGGGACAUAAAACCACUAUCGAAAAGUUUUAGAUAAGCUUCAAUUUUUUUAUUUUAAUCUGAUUUUUUUAUCAAUCCAAAAAUUUUGAAAAAGUUGCUGGUUAUUUUUUUAAAGUUCAACGAUUCUAUAAACAGGAAGUUAAAUAUUCGAAUCUUCCUUUUCUAGCCUCAUUUUUUUGCAAGUUUCUCUUAUAAGGGAAUUUUCUGUAGGAAACCCCGAAAAAUCCAAUAUUACUCCAAAAUAAAAAAAUUAUCUGCUAGGCGCCCCAAGGUACCGAAAAAAAUUUUGCAAAAAAAGACUGAAAAACCCAUUCUUCUUCAGAAUAUCCGUUUCUAAGAUAACUUCUAUGAUUAUAUUAAGAGCAAGACCAGAAAAAAAAAAUGUAUCUUUAAGAAAACCGAAGAAAGUCGGUCUGUGAGCUCUUCAAAAUACUGUUACAGUACCCUAAAGAGCUUAUCCGAUAGUUCUGUUUUCGAAUUUUUGAAAUAAAGCCUACUACAGAAGUUGCGAUGUUCCUUUGGGAGAAAAAUAAUUGAUUAUUUGAAUAACUUUCAGGGAAGCUCUGCGGCCAUUCCGGUACUGGAAGCGGUCGCCGAUGCACAAGAUCGACACGCGGGCCAUGAACAACUUCAAUUGUUACUUCUCGCCGGUCCAGUGCCUGCACCUCGAGCGGCGUUAA